CCCGCAGUGCUAGGAUUACAGGCAUGAGCCACCACUCCCAGCUGACUGAUGGUUCAAUGAAGAAAACCUCUGUCUAUAUGGCAUCCACCUUGUAUCCAUCCCAGGCCUUUCCAUGUGGACGUGGGAUCUGGUUCAAAAAUGGAUUUGAACACCGUUAGAUACUGGAUUAAGAGAAAUGCUCACAUCUCAUCUGAAACAUAAAGAGAAAUAUAGGUCUUCUCUUGGAGAACAACCCAGAAUAACCCAACGGCAAACCAGAACUAAGUUAUUUGGGAAGUGACUGUUCUCCUUCCUAUGGGGCAACAGAUGUAGAAAUUCUCUGAUGAAGUACUCUCAAUGUCAUACUUCCUGUGGAUCUUACUGUCUUAUGAGUAUCUGUCAUCCUGCUAAUGUACACCAACAGGAGGCUAACCAGGCCACGGCUGUGUCAGCAUCAUGGCCUGCAAAGAUACUACCAUCCUCCUCUGUCUUGUACUCUGUCUGGGCCAAAGGAUUCAGGCACAGGAAGGAGACUUUCCUGUUCCUGUCAUAUCUGCGGAGCCCGGCUCUGUGAUCCCCUGCAACGGCUCUGUGAAGAUCCAGUGCCGGGGAACUCCCGAAUCUUACCUGUACAGACUGGUGACCCUAAGAAACUCCACGUAUGUGGAGGUAGAUAAAAAGCUGGGAAUCAGUAAAGAGGCCGAAUUCAUCCUCAGCCGCGUGGAUGAGGACGCCGCAGGGCGCUACCGGUGCCGAUACAAGAAGCAGUUCAGCUGGUCAGAGUACAGCGAGGCCCUGGAGCUGGUGGUGACAGGCUUGUACGACAAACCCUUCCUCUCUGCGGAUCGGGGCCUGGUGCUGAGGCCAGGAGACAGUAUUUCCCUCGAGUGCGGCUCGGCUCACACCCCAUUCGACAGGUUUUCACUGGCCAGGGAGGGGGAGGCUUCUCUGCCACUGCACGGAGACGGGGGACACCAGGGAAACUUCACUCUGGGCCCUGUGGACGCCGGCUUCGCGGGGCACUACAGGUGCUACGGGUGGAGGAGCGGCAGCCCCUACCUGUGGUCAGCGCCCAGUGACGCCCUGGAGCUCGUUGUCACAGACUCCAUGCACCAAGAUUACACAGUGGGGAACCUGAUCCGCAUGGGCGUGGCAGGACUGGUCCUUGUGGCUCUCUUGGCGAUACUGGCUGAACACCGGCACAGCCAUACGGUGCCACACAAGGAAGGCUGGCCUCACCUGGCUGAACCAAGCUGGAGGAAACAGAAAUGCCAGACAGAAUGGACCCUUGGACAAACCUCUAGUGGCCACAGAAAAGACAGAUUCUAGCGGAAAUCAGAAAAAAGAAGCAA